AUGAGCCUGCGGUAAAAAUUCAAAAUGGCGGACGACGGUAGCAAGAAAUUGCGCCAGAACGGUACUUCGUCUGAAAAUGUUAGACCAACUAAUGUUCUACCAGGGACCAUAUUUUUGACUGGAGUUGCUUUGGCAUCAAUACUUGGUGGCUUUAGCUACGCUAUCGGACAAGCGCGUCGGAGAAGUCCAGGAUCUUUUGAUCAGCGUCAACAAGAAGGAGUGAAGUUGGCUGUCAGAGCGCUCGGCUGGGGUACUGUUCUUGCUGUAAGCGGCGUAGGCCUUCUAGUAUUUGGAGUGAAGACUGCUCUAGGAGUCAAGGAUGCAAAAGAAUUUGGUUUGAAAAUGAAGGGCAUUCUUCCCACAAAGGAUGGAAAAUUUGUAUCCUAUUUUGAGUCCUGGAAAAUUCCAAGAAAUAAGGGAGGUGGGAAUGUUGAUGAAUGGUCUUCCUCAGGUUCAAAAUCAGAAAGUCAGAAAAUAACAGAAAAAUAAAGCUGGUUUCCUGGAAGGAUUUGGAUUAAACUCACUGCUUGUUCCUUUACAUGCUGUAAGAGGACAACUAGCAUAAACUCUGGCAUGUUACACAGCCUUGAGACCUGAAACACCACAAAAUAUUGGAAUUUAUGAGAGGCAAUGUCAUUAUUGCCAGGUCCUGACAGAUCUUCCAAUUACUUCAGAAAGCGACUGUUAACGAAAACUUCACAGCAACAAAUCCGUGAUUGAUGAUAGACAAGUCUGCCUUUGUCCAUUUCCUUGGAAUGGGGUGAAACUCUAUUAUAAGUAACACAAGUUUAUGAAGAACACUACAAAUUUACCUGAAACAAAGGUUGCGUGAAAAGUUAACAAGUAAGAUUACGUUUGAUGCAUUCUGGAAGCCUGCACUUCACUUUUCAUGCUCCAUUCUAUCUGGUGUGGCACUUAGUCUUAUUAAUGACCUCACAACAUGUGAGACUGAGCCUUUCAGUUUGCACCGUCUUUAGACUUUGUUAGCUGGCCAUGUGAUCGCAGGGUGGUUUUAUCAAGAGAUUGUCUUUGAAGACAACAUUAAAUAUAGUUCAGUAUUAUUUUUUUUUUAAUUCAGUAUGGUGCUUAGGUGUUGGUUUUCCUUUUCUUACUCCACUCCUUUGAUCAGUUCUCUAACUGGCCAGGGAGUACUUCAGACUAGGGGUAGGAGUGUACCACGUACCCUACAAGCAGGCUCUUCCCUGCAAAAAGCUGGCUUACAGCUAUGUACCACUUAAAAUAAACCGCUCAUGAUGGUCACCCUUCUCUAGCUCAUGUGACUGGGCUCAUCGGCAUACAUAUGAUAAACACAACAUGUCAAGAUGUGCUAGGAGUAAGGGGAAGAG